AUGGGCACGGUAUUGUCGCUCUCGCCAGGACCCCGGAAACCCAGUUACUAUGACGACCGACCCGGCUCCCUCAGCCACUACCCAAGCUUGAGCAGUCGUUCUCUCAACACGCAAAAGGACCGCGGCCUCAAACGUGGCCACUCCAUCUUCCUUCCGGCCCUCACCUGGAAACGUCUGGUCGCAUCCACCAAGAAACGGGAAGGUUCCAAGAAGGGUUGCACCGGUGGGCCAGGCAACGUCGGGGCCCCGCUCAACAACAACAAUAGCAUUUAUCAAAAAGAUCCUGUCUUACACCUCAACCGAGAGAAUGUGAAGAAGUCACUGUCGUGUGCCAACCUCUCCAGCUAUGACGGUCCAGCAGGACUGGGCCUGGGUUUGGGUUUGGGCUAUGGUAAACCCCAGCAGUUAUCCUCAAUGAAAAAGGUUCCCCACGGUACAGGCACAUCUUCACCCAAGCGAGUGAUUGUCCAGGCCUCAACCAGUGAGCUGCUGCGGUGCCUGGGCGAGUUCUUGUGCGGCCGCUGCUACCGUCUCAAGCACCUGUCGCCCGCCGACCCGGUUCUGUGGCUCCGCGCUGUGGACCGUUCGCUCCUCCUCCAAGGCUGGCAGGACCAAGCUUUCGUCACGCCGGCCAACGUGGUCUUCGUUUACAUGCUCUGCCGUGACGUCGUAGACGGAGACCUGGUAUCCUCAGAGCAUGAGCUUCAGGCCAUACUGCUCACCUGUCUCUACUUGUCCUACUCCUACAUGGGGAAUGAGAUCUCCUAUCCCCUCAAGCCCUUCCUGGUGGAAGCUGGCAAAGAGGCUUUCUGGGACCGCUGCCUGGCCAUUAUCGAUGCUACCAGUGCCAAGAUGCUCCGCAUCAAUGCAGACCCACACUUCUUCACCCAGGUCUUUGCCGAGCUAAAGAGCGAAGGCGGCUGUGGGCCGCAGGACUAUUGCAGGGUCCUUGACCGGUGA